UAGACUUUAUAUAUUCUGCCUCCCUAUAUCCCGAAAACGUGUAUUGAUUGUGCUUCUUAGUUUGUUUUGUUGGACCACAUCCAUUUCUUUCACCAUAUAUGGUUUUGUUCUGAGUUUUUCUGCAACUUACCUGCUCCAGAAAACUCUGUUUGGAGCUUCCUACUCAAACUAUUUACCGUUUUCUCUCACUGUUCUGCCCAUUUGUCUAGAGCUCCUGGCGUUGGAGUCAUAGAUGAGUGCCGCUUUUCCUUUCCUGCAUUAUCCGAGGUGCGGGCAUUUCAGAAUGGAUCAUGGUGAGCAUCUGGCUUCUGUGGAGUUGCAGGAAUCCCCUGACGAAGUUCAAUCUCUCCUUAAACUUAUAUCAUCGAACGAAGUGGCUGUCUUUGAUAGCAUCAUAGUAGAAAGUGAAACAUCUAAUUUCUCAAACCAAAUCAAUGUUUCUCAACCCACUGGCCAUCAGAGGAAGCCUUCUAUUUCAAUCAGCAUGCCCUCUUCUCCUACAGCAGCUAGCUCAGCGGGUACCAAGAGCGUUUUUUUUGUCGAUGACAAUGCAAAAGGUUUCAGGAAUGGGGUUCCGGAUUCUUCCGUGGCAUCAAACACUCUUAGUAACACGGAGGCAAAAGCAGUCAAAUUUCUCUCCCAGCCAACGAGAAAAGGAUCAGUCUUCGCGGAGGCAGCUAAAAUUAGAAACAUCAAUCAACAACCUAACAUUAAAAAGCUGAAGGACAAGAGGUUUGAUUCUUUCAAAACAUGGUCUGGGAAACUUGAAAGGCAGCUAUCAAAUUUACGUCGAAAGUCACGGGAAAUUGAAUCAGAAGAAAACUGCGUGCGAAAUUCAGAGAAUGAAGCGUUACCUGUGGACCGAUACUUUGAUGCAUUGGAAGGGCCAGAGUUAGAGAACCUGAGGGCUUCAGAGGAGAUUGUACUUCCAGAUGACAAAACUUGGCCUUUCCUCCUUCGUUAUCCUAUCUCUUCAUUUGGGAUCUGUCUGGGAGUUGGUAGCCAAGCCGUUAUGUGGAAAACCCUGGCCACUGCUACCUCUACAAAAUUUCUUCACAUAAACCCGAUAAUAAAUCUCAUCCUAUGGUGGAUAUCCGUCGCUUUAGUAGCCAUUGUUGCUUCCAUCUACCUUGUGAAAGUGAUUCUCUACUUUGAAGCAGUUCGUCGUGAGUAUUACCAUCCAAUCCGUGUCAACUUCUUCUUUGCCCCUUGGAUAUCUCUUCUGUUCUUAGUUCUUGGAAUGCCACCUUCGGUUACCUCAAACCUGCCUCUAGCUCUAUGGUACGUUCUUAUGACGCCAAUCUUCUGUCUGGAGCUUAAAAUUUAUGGACAAUGGAUGUCAGGUGGUCAACGGAGGCUUUCAAAGGUGGCUAAUCCUUCAAACCAUCUCUCAAUCGUUGGGAACUUUGUGGGGGCACUGUUGGGUGCAUCAAUGGGGCUUAAAGAAGGGCCUUUAUUCUUCUUUGCUGUUGGGCUGGCUCAUUAUACUGUCCUUUUUGUAACUCUUUACCAGAGACUUCCAACAAAUGAAACACUCCCGAAAGAGCUCCAUCCUGUAUUCUUUCUGUUUGUUGCAGCACCAAGUGUCGCUUCAAUGGCAUGGGCCACGAUCCAAGGGUCCUUCGAUUAUGGAUCACGGAUUGCUUACUUCAUUGCCUUGUUCCUUUAUUUCUCACUGGCAAUUCGGAUUAACUUUUUCCGAGGAUUCAAGUUCUCAUUGGCUUGGUGGGCAUAUACGUUCCCAAUGACUGGUGCUGCCGUUGCAACCAUGAGAUAUUCAAGUGCAGUGACAAAUAUAGUAACUCAAACUCUUUCUGUCGUACUCUCUGUUGUCGCUACACUCACAGUAACAGCACUGCUUGUAACGACUAUGUUGCAUGCCUUUGUCCUACGAGACCUCUUCCCUAAUGACAUUGCCAUUGCCAUUAGCGACAGAAAACCAAAACCUCAUAAGAAGUGGUUCAAUCUUAGACAUGGAAGCUCAGGUCAUAGUAGAGACAUUGAAACUUUCUUGAAAUUUGCAAGUGCUGACAGGAAAGAUAUAGAAGCUGCCUUAAAAAUUCCCACUGAAGAAGCUACAUCAGUGUAAAGCUUCAUUCAUGGGCCACUUGAUCAGCCUUAAUUUCAACCUUUAGUAGGCUUUUGCCAUUUUUUUUUUUUUUGAAUCUUCAGCACUUAGACAUGUGAGGAACUUCCAACUUUGGAGGUUUUAUCUUUCCAGUGACCAUGUGUAUAGAGAGGAAUGAAGGUUUCCGGCACUUGAAGCAAAGGGUGGAGGAAUGUGUAAAAUCUUGAUGAGUUGUAAAUUGCACCUUGUAUGAGAUAUAAAUUCUGCAAAAUAAUUUUAACAUUAAGCAUUCAUGCACACUAGUAAGUAUAUUAGCUUCUGCUAUACCCGUAUCAAGCUGUAAACUGUUGGU